UUGCUUCCAAAUUCUAUCUUAAGGAAACGCGCUGUUGAUGUUGACGAAUGGAUUGCACUAGCAAAAGAAUGCAAAUAUUUGCCUGAAGAAGACAUGAUCUCCCUUUGCAAUUGCCUCAUUGAUCGUCUCAUACGACACCCGAACGUGGUUCCUGUUGAGACUCCAGUAACAAUAUGCGGAGACAUCCAUGGACAGUUUUAUGACUUACUGGAACUUUUUCGCACUGGUGGGGAUGUGCCAAAUACAAAAUAUGUUUUCAUGGGCGAUUACGUGGACCGAGGAUAUUAUAGCUUGGAAACUGCAACGCUCCUCUUCGCUCUGCUGUUGAAAUAUCCUGAUCGCAUGACGCUGUUACGCGGCAAUCACGAAUCUCGGAAGAUAUCUUCUGUUUAUGGUUUCUAUGAUGAAUGCCAGCAAAAGUAUGGUCAUAGUGUAGUUUACAAAUGGUGCUGUAAGGUAUUCGACGUUUUGCCUGUAGGUGCUUUGAUCGACGAUUCGAUUUUGUGCGUUCAUGGAGGUCUCUCUCCAGAAAUCAAAUCGAUUGAUAAAAUGCUCAAUUUGAAUCGAGCUGUGGAACUCCCAACAAAAGGUCCUUUGUGUGAUCUCAUGUGGUCAGAUCCAGAUGAAAAUGAGGAAGACUGGGUCAUAAGUCAAAGAGGAGCUGGAUGGAUAUUCGGUGGUACAGUUGCUAGGAAAUUCUUACACACCAACGGCCUUGAGCUCAUAUGUCGAUCUCAUCAACUUGUUGACGAAGGCUUCCGGUACUUGUUCAAUGAGAAGUUGUGCACCGUGUGGUCUGCGCCUAACUACUGCUAUCGCUGCGGUAAUGUGGCCGCAGUACUUUCGAUCGCUCAAGACGGUUUAAAAGAUGUGAAAUACUUUACCGCUGUACCGCAAGACCGUCGAGAAAUCCCCGACAAAGUAGUAACACCUUAUUUCAUGUAA